AGUAGAGCUAUGAACAGCUUAAGACGCUGGAUUUGCUUGUCGAGAAAAGCUUUCAAAACAAAAUUUCGAAACCGAUGACCGAAAAAUCUUAGUUAUCACAAACCGAAUACGAGUACACGUAUGCGUGCAUACACACACACACACACUUAAGCCAAGCUUUGAUACUGCCGCCGUUGUGACUCUUAACCAAACUUGAGAAAUGCUUAAAAUCGGCAACAAUCGUCUCGAUCGAUACAGUACGCGCCGAAAUGUUCGAUACAAACGAUCGUCAAUUGGCAAAAGAGCUGCGAACGCGGCGACAACAUGUCACACGCGUCAACGAUUUAUUCGGCGUCACAACUUUAACCGUUGCGUUAUUUUUGCUUACGCUCUGUCUUCGUUUCGAUACGAGCGCGGCGCGUACAGCGGAUGUGUUGAAGGUGGAGCUGGCGCAUGGCGGAGUCCUUGUCGGCCGCCAUCGGACCUCGCACAGUGGCCGACACAUACGCGCCUUUAUGGGCGUGCCGUAUGCGUUGCCGCCAGUGGGCGAAUUGCGCUUUAAGCCACCUGUACCGUAUGGCGCAUGGGCUGGAGAGAAACAUGUCAUAAAGGAUUCCGCAAUUUGUAUGCAACGUGAUCCUUAUCGGCGUGAUAUGGAGAUCGAAGGCAGUGAGGAUUGUCUAUAUCUAAAUGUCUAUACGCCAGAGGAACACAAUCAGACGAGUCCCUUGCCUGUCAUGAUCUAUUUUCACGGUGGCGGCUUUCAAUGUGGUUCCGGCGUUAGCAGUUUUUAUGGACCGGAAUUUUUACUAGAUCGCGAUGUUAUUUUGGUGAUCGGCAAUUAUCGUGUCGGCCCACUCGGUUUCUUGAGUACCGAAACGCUCGAUUGCCCCGGUAAUUUCGGUUUGAAAGAUCAAGUGGAAAUUUUGCGUUGGGUACAGGCAAAUAUUGCAGCUUUUGGUGGGGAUCCAGAAAGUGUAACGAUCUUUGGUAAUAGUGCGGGUGGCGCCAGUGUUACAUACCAUAUGCUCUCGAACUCUUCUAAAGGUCUCUUCCACAAAGCCAUUAUACAAUCAGGCACAUACUACAACCCGUGGGCGCAACCACAAUACAAGGGUAUUUCAGCGAGGCGCGCACGCCAAGCCGCAAAAUUAGUAGGCUGUGAUGACGAGGCAAACUGGCCGCAACUCUUGAACUGCUUGCGCAGCACAAGCGCCGAAAAAGUAGUUGCUACCGUCUAUCAGUUGUUUGAAUGGGACUUUGAUCCCAUGGUGCCAUAUCAACCAGUUGUGGAGCCGCCACAUGAGGGCGCGUUUCUCACUGCGUCACCACGCGAAGUUGAAAUACCGCAUGGUUUCUCACUACCAAUUAUGAUUGGUGCCACCUCUGAGGAAGGUCUGCUCAGGACUGCUCCGCUACUUAAUGUGCCAGGUCUUUUGGAAGAUUACAAACAAAAUUUCGAUACGAUAUUACCAAUUCAACUACAAUACGAUCACCAUGCACCAGAAGUGCUUGAAGACAUUACGCGUAAAAUUGUAGAAUUCUACUUCAAAGAGGGGCAUAACUAUGACAAAUACAAUCACCAAAAUUUAACUGAUCUCAUCUCAGAUGGCUGGUUCAUUGCGGGUAUCGAUGAGUACUUACGCCAACGCGUGUUAGCCGAAAAAUCUGUGAAAAUGCCUCCUUUCUAUGUGUAUCUUUUUGAACAUCGCGGUCCAGCAAGUUUCUCUGAGCUCUUCAAAGGCGGCAGAGAAGAUUAUUAUGGUGCUUGUCACGCUGAAGAGCUACAAUACCUGUUCCCCGUAGCCUUACAGUUAUUUGUCAGUGCUUCACCCACAAAAUCUGAUAGAGUUCUGCGCGAAGCCAUGCUCGAUAUGUGGGUUAAUUUCGCUAAAGAAGGCAAUCCGACACCUGCGAACUCGAAACUCACACACUGGGAUGCGACAACUGGCUAUCCGGUAAACUAUGCCCGCUUGGGUCACAAAACACCCGCGGAGUUCACCAUUCUACAAAUGGAGCGUGACAUAUAUGCCGAUCGCGUGGAGUUCUGGCAUAAGCUUAAAGCACAUAUUCCCCCCGAGGAACGCAAAGAAAACUCAAGAGAUGAAUUAAAUAAAAUGGCUUUGAAGUAUUUAGUGUUUGCUAUACUUUUUCUACUCACUUUGAGUGAUUUGUACGUAUUGAUCGCGGCGCGUACAUCGGAUAAACUAAAAGUCCGUUUACCACAUGGCGGAGUGCUGGUGGGACGGCAUUGGACCUCACAUAAAGGGCGACAUGUACGCGCCUUUAUAGGCGUGCCGUAUGCGCUGCCGCCUGUGGGCGAUUUGAGGUUUAAACCACCAGUACCGUACGGGUCUUGGUCUGGUGAGCGUCUCGCGAUAAGAGAAUCAGAACUAUGCAUACAACGCGAUCCAUUUACACGCCAAACACAAAUCGUCGGCAGUGAAGACUGUCUUUAUCUAAAUGUAUACACGCCAGAGAAACCACGAACAUCGAAACCCUUACCGGUUAUGGUUAAUAUUCAUGGUGGUGGUUUUAUUGCCGGAUCUGGCGGGACCAGCUUCUAUGCGCCAGAUUAUUUACUAGAUCAUGAUAUUAUAUUGGUUUCCGGCAACUACCGCUUGGGAACACUCGGCUUCUUAAGUACUGAGACCUUAGAUUGCCCCGGCAAUUUCGGUUUAAAAGAUCAGUCGCAGAUUUUACGUUGGGUACAGCAAAACAUUGCCGCAUUCGGUGGAGAUCCGAAUAGUGUUACGAUUUUCGGUAAUAGUGCGGGUGGCGCUAGUGUUACAUAUCAAUUGGCAUCGAGCUUAUCGAAAGGACUCUUUCACAAAGCCAUAGUACAGUCCGGUUCGUACUACAACCCCUGGGCACAGCCAGAGCAUAAAGGUAUACCCGCAAAGCGUGCACGGAAGGUGGCCCAUUUGGUUGGAUGUAAUCCCGAGGAAAAUUGGCAAAAUAUAUUGCGUUGCCUACGUACUAAAGAAGCCAGUGAUGUCGUUGCUACACUCUAUGAGUUCUACGAAUGGGACUUUGAUCCCAUGAUGCCAUUUCAACCUGUUGUUGAGCCUCCACAUGAGGGUGCAUUCCUAACUGUUUUACCACGUGAUGACGGCAUGCCACAUGGUUUCUCCUUACCACUUAUAAUUGGUGCUACCGCGGAGGAGGGUUUACUCAAAAGUGUGCCCUUACUUACUAUACCUGGGCUCUUGGGUGAUUUUAAAAACCAAUUUCAAAAGAUUCUACCAGUUCAACUGCAAUACGACCAUCAUAAACCGGAAGUGCGAGAUGAGAUUACACAGCAAAUAGAACAGUACUACUUCAAAGAGGGGCAUAACUAUGACAAAAACAAUCAUCACAAUUUCACGGACCUUUACUCUGAUGGCUGGUUUAUUGCUGGUAUUGAUGAGUACAUCAAACAGCGCGUUGAAGCUCAAAACUCAAAACAGUUGCCGCCUUUUUAUGUAUAUCUCUUCGAACAUCGUAGUCCAGCUAGUUUCUCCGAACGUUUCGGUGGAGACACUGAAGAUUUCUUCGGCGCAUGUCAUGCCGAUGAAUUGCAAUACCUCUUUCCGUUGGGUCUUAGUCUCUUCAUACGCUCAUCACCCACCGAGAUCGACAUUCAACUGCGCGAGGCCAUACUCGAAAUGUGGGUGAACUUCGCUAAAGAGGGUAAUCCAACGCCUGCAGCCUCCAACUUAACCCCCUGGGGGCCCGUCAACGGCUAUCCCGUCAAUUAUGCUCGUUUGGGUCACAAGAUACCCGAAGAAUUUACUGUGCUACAAAUGGAGCGUGAUAUUUAUGGCGAUCGUACAGAUUUCUGGCGACAACUCAAAGCUCACAUUCCGGCGGAACAACGGGAGAAGAAAAUACGAGACGAAUUGUAAAGCGGUUAUAUUCAGUUGAAUCAUAUUUCUCAAUUUUUAGGGUCUACUAUCGACCUGCUUUUAGCAUAUAUAUGUCGUUUCGUUUUAUAUGUAACUUGAACUUUGUGGUUUCGUGGUUUUAAUAAAUUCUAUAUCUUUAUAACA